CGCCCAUCCAUUUCCAGAAGUUCGCGUUGAGGCUACAUUGAUGAUGUUGCUCGGUAGAUUCUUCAAUUUCUAAAGUUUUUUUUUAAGCAAGCCUAUGUUCACUUAUGUUUUUUUAGUAAACACUGUUUGUUUCGAUUUUUUUUUUUUUUUUUUUUUUUUGGACUCAAUUUGCGAAUAUCUUUCCAGUUGUAGUGAAACUUUACCUUUUAAGGUUUGAUCGCAAACUUGACCCCGCUGUACGGACAAGUCUUGCUUCUUCACAAGGUCUUCUCCAAGUCUUUCAAAUUCCAAUUUCAAAGCUGAGGACGACGACAAGGAAACCAUACAAAGAAGCUCAAGCUCAAGAUGGGCUUUGUGGGUCUCGUUCAAUUUUCCCUUCAAUGCUUUGAUGUUCUUGCAUGGCCUCUACUUUCUCUAGUGUAUCCUCUAUGUUGUUCCAUUAGGGCGAUUGAGGCCAAUUCUGUUUCAGAUUCUCAGAAGUUGAAUACUUAUUGGGUUGUCUUCUCAUUGAUUCUGCUAUUUGAACAUGCAUUUAUGAAGCUCCUAAAAUGGCUCCCACUGUGGCCAUACUUUAGGCUAAUCAUUGUCUUCUGGUUGGUGAUACCUCAUUUCGGUGGUGCAUUUUAUGUCUAUAAACACCUUAUCUGUCCAUGCCUCUCCACGGACCUCAAAAUUGUUGUCAACUGGUUCAACAAGCAAAAGAAAUCCUCGUUUAACAGCGACAAUGUUUUUACCGAGGUGGAGAGAUAUGCACAGGAGAAAGGACCUGAGGCUCUAGAAAAAGUUGCUGCUUCCAAAUCUGAGAGAACAAAGUCAAAUCCCGAUGCGAAAGAGUUCAAAGCAGUUUCAUCUCUGGAGAACAGAGAGGUUAGUCAGGCAGAGCCUAAUCUCACUGGAACUGAAAACAGCAGAUUUCCCAGUACGGAUAUUAAAGAAAAGGCCAUUGGGAUUGCAUCAGAAGGAGGAAUUUUGAACAUUCCACCUUCAGAGAAGGUUCAGGAGUGGACAAGUGCAGUCAGUCAGGUAACGACCCAAAGUGAUACAACUUUUAACUCCUACCCGGACGGUAAAAUACACGAGGCUGUAUAUGAGAAACUGAAAAUAGAGAACAAAGCUGAAGCUAAGCUCACUCAGAUGAAAAAUGGUACAUUUGCGACCAUGGAGACUCAAGAAAAAGUUGUUGAGGUUGUUACAAGUAGAGAAGUUAUUGAGUCUGCCCUACAAGUCCAGAAAGAGUGGACUUGUGCUCUCUGUCAGCUAACAACUCAAAGUGAAGCAACUUUGAACUCCCACCUCCAAGGCAGAAAACACAAGGCAGCAUGUGUGGCACUGAAAGCAAAGAGCCAGCCAUUUGCGCCAAAAAUUGCCCCGGCUUCAACUGCAAAGGAAUCUAAUCAACCUAACAAAGAGCGAGGAAACAGGACGACGAGCAGUGCAUCAAAACAAAAAGUUAUUGUAGAUGAAAAGGUGCAAAGCCAGAAAAAUAGCAUUCCAACUUCAAGGACAAAGACUUCUGAUAAAUCUAGAAAGGAGCCAGCAGAAGGUGCAUCCAUCAAUGGAGGCCAACAACGAAAUCGGAAUGAGGUUCCAAGCAAGAAGGAUUAUCGUAUUUGGUGCAAAAUUUGUAAUGUGCACUGCCCUGGUGAGAUUGACUUGGCAUCUCAUAUCAGUGGAAGGAAGCAUGAGGAAAAUGUGCUACAACAACAACAGAAGGCAAAUAGUGUUCCAAGAAUGAAUGGUCCCCCUCUGUGGUGCAAGAUUUGUAAUGUGGGCUGCUAUACUGAGUUGGACAUGGUAUCUCAUCGUAAUGGAAGGAGGCACUUGGAUCUUGAAUCGACUGGAAUGUAGGGGUUGUGGACAGAUAAUGUUGGUUCCUGGCAUUACUCAUAAAGAUACUGUGGGGAAAAAAAAACAAUCAUGCUCAUGUAUUUUCUAAUUGUUUUCUCCUUUGUAGGAAACUUAGGAGAUGGCCUAUUUGCAUUUAGAGGUAGCUGGAUUUUACUACUGUCUUGUCAAGCCAGUGAAAAUUCAAAUAAACUAGUUGUGAACGUGUGGCCACAACAAGUUGUGAAUUUUGAAGAAUAGGGUUGACAGUGACACAAACACGAUCUCUUCUGACUUGUUAAAGUACUUCAUCAUAAACAUUUUGUUGAAAUUCUUUACACCAUGAUGUCGGAUUGUGGAAAAAAGUAUAGAAUCAAAUCCUUAUUAGGCCUCUAUUUCAACUUUCUAUUGCAACAUUUUUUGAUCAUCAAUGAAGUUGUUAUUUGACUGAAAA